UGGAGCUAAACACAGAAAAGUAUUUAAUGCUGAAGACCAGAGAAAAGAGAUACUGGUGACAAUGGCUCUUCAAGGGUUUGCAUGGGGGAUCGCUGUGAUGAUCGCGCUCUUCUUCAAAGGAGGUGACUCACAACCCGCCUGUGCCAGACCUCCCAUCAACAGCAGGAUCAUCGGAGGGCAAGAUGCACCUCCAGGAAGAUGGCCCUGGCAUGUUACUUUUGUAGCUAGCAAAUUCGGCUUCCCCUUUUGUCAGGGAUCUCUGAUCACCGACGAGUGGGUGCUGACAGCUGCUCAAUGCUUAACAAUUUUCCCUGAUGUAGUUUUGCUCGUUGGUGUCACGAACCAGCCUGGAAUUAUAGUGACUCGGACAAUUGCAAACGUCCACUGCCACCAAAACUACACCUUUUAUGGUGGAAACGACAUCUGCCUUGUGAAGCUGUCUGCUCCAGUCAACUUCACGGACUACAUCCGACCAGUGUGUUUGGCUGCAGAAAACAGCACUUUCUACGAUGGAACCAGCAGCUGGGUCACUGGUUUAAGCUACAAUGGAUCCUACUCUUUCCAGGAAGUCAAUGUAUCAGUACUUGGGAACAAAAAAUGUAACUGCGUCUACAACUUUAACUUUCCAAUAACAGAGGACCGGAUGUGUGAAAAUGGUUCAAAGACAACAUUUUUUCAAGAUGAAGGCGCAGCUCUAGUGACCAAGAAAGACUCCAUCUGGGUUCAGAGUGGGAUUGUGAGUGUAAACUUGCUGAAUCACGGUAUCUAUACUCGUGUGUCCCAGUACCAGAAAUGGAUCACCGACAGAGUCACUGGCAUGGAGCCAGGCUUUGUUACCUACACCUCCCCAGGCAUUGACAGUGAAUUGAACUACACCUGUCCUCCACCGCCGAAUUCCACUCAGUACCCUUACUUUACCUCUCAGUACCCUUACUCUACCACUCAGCACCCUACCACUGACGGCAGCAUAUUUGGCAGUGGUGAAACUCUGAUUCCCAUCACUCGAGUCUUCGCUCUCUCAGCUCUUGUUCUGUUUGUCCAUCUGUUUGUUGGUGGUGCUGCAAACUAAAUCCUAACUUUCAUUCAUGCUGCACUCUAGUACAUAACAAACGCCAACUCUCUAUUCAUUAGAAUCAAAAUGUUGAUAUUGUUACUCUGAUUUAGUUUUAUUUCACCAAUUAUGAUUCCUACAAAGCAAAUGAAGGGUGUAAUAAGUUUAUCUGGUAAUUAGUUUAACAAACCUCUCAUAAAAUUGAAAUUGUAUUUUGUUUGUCUUUCUGUCCUUUUCAUUGUGUUGACUAUAUUUACCUAAAUGUAAAUGCCAAUUAAAUCUCAAGUGUUUGACAGGUUUGGGAUUUUUAGCAACCAAUCACACUGUUAUUUUAUUAAAUAUGAAACAAACGGUGAUCAGUAAUAAAUAAACUGUGAUUAAAAUCAUUCAAAACUA